AUGUUGGCUGCUUUUGGGCUGGUGCUAAAUUUGCUUUUAUUAUUGGUUGCUGCCAAUUCUCACAGAGAGAGGCAUGCUGCAGUAGUGGCUAGACGGAUGGUUAACUUCGAGUCCAAUUUACACUUUAAUUCUCUCAGAACGGAUGGAACUCCGGUGUCGUUAGUCGAAUACUAUGUGUCUUCCGACUCCUGCCCUGAUGUGGACGGUCUGUCGAACAAUGGAAACCCGAUCUUAUUGCUCAGCAAGAUGAGCACCUCCUACAAGAAUUGGCAACGUAACUCUAGCGUCUCCCUCACCAUUGAGAAGGAGAAAUGGGGACAUUUCGACAGUGCAAUGAGGAAGCCAAGGGGCAAUUUCUUCGGCACCCUGAAGAAGCUGGAGUUAUCACAUAGGGAUGCCAGGCAUCUGGCAAGACAUUUCGUGAUCAGACAUCCCGAUGCCCGCCAUUGGCUUCCAGGACAGGGCGAGUCCCAUGUUCACGACACCCAGUGGUUUGAAUUCCAAGUCGAAUCGGUUUAUUUCAUCGGUGGCUUCGGUGACAGGGCCUACAUAGGCAACAUCUCCGGGGAAGCUUACCACAAGAAACUGGGCAUCGAUAAGAUUGUGGAUCCAUGCGAGUAUCUACAUUUGGAUGAGCGCCGCGGUCACGAAGAGGCUACUCAGCAGCAGGACUCGGCCUUCGAUCGGGACUCGCUCCAAGGCUUCUUCCAGUUUAUUAAGUCGAUUGUCACCCGGUAUUGA